GACUCCGUAUCUCUCGUUACCGUCCGAAAUGAGCACGAGACGCGCGCUGCUGCUGCUGCUCUUCCCGUUUCAAGUCUUCGGAGUCCGUAGUUGGCCUGACUUCUCAGGACAGAAGGUUUUGAGUUCAAGGACCACAGACAGGAAUGGUCUCAACAAAGUCCUCACCGUGGAUGGGCAAGAAUGCAGGUUCCCCUUCCGAUACGCUGGGAUCCUUCGCCAUCAGUGUCUCCCCACUCCAUCAUCGCGCUUGUGGUGUUCGACCACUUCCAACUUUGACAGAGACAGGCAGUGGGGCUAUUGUGCCCCAGAAGACCCAACAACCCCUACGGUGGAUCCAUGUGACGACAACCCGUGUGCCAACGGCGGGCUGUGCAUCAGCAUCCCUGGCCGACGGGCCUUCGUGUGCCGCUGCCUUGAGCCUUUCACCGGGAGGCAGUGUUUGCAGGAGAAGUGCUAUGAGGAGCUGCACCUGAGAUACUAUGACACCUCUCAGUCCUGGGGGAGGAUCCAUCUGCACACUGUGGAACAGUGCACCUGUGUUGGCGGGGAGAUCAAGUGUGAGCGUGUUCGAUAUGCAGCCUGCACCUCUAACCCAUGCCAGAAUGAAGGGGUGUGCCGGACAAUCACCUCCACGGGAGAAGCUGUGUGUGCUUGCCGGCCUGGCUUUGCGGGUCCGCACUGCAGCAUCACCCUUGGGGCAGACUGCUAUUGGAUGAAUGGUACGGAUUACCGUGGUACAGCCAACAUCACAUUCUCCGGGGCUCAUUGCCUGGCCUGGAAUUCCGAGCUUCUGCAUGAUGAAUUGACUGUAGCCAACGUGGAGAGUGCUGCCCUGCUGGGCUUGGGAGAACACGCAUUCUGUAGGAACCCAGAUGGAGACUCAAUGCCAUGGUGUUACACGCUGAAAAAUUCUGCCAUCUCCUGGGAGUACUGUGACAUCCCGUCCUGUAGGCCGCCUGUCAUUUUUACACGCCUGAUGAAACCAAGCAGCCUGCCGCCCACGGUGGCCACUCCCAAGCCAAGUCGACCUGUCUCUUGUGGGACCAAACAUAAGAAGAGGGUCCCACGACCACGCAUCCUGGGUGGCCAUGCUACUCUGCCUGGAGCUCACCCCUGGAUGGCUGCUAUCUACUUUGGGGAGUCUUUCUGUGCUGGGACCCUGAUUGCCUCCUGCUGGGUGGUGUCAGCAGCACACUGCUUCUCUGGCAACCCCUUGGUUUCCCAAGUCCGUGUAGUUCUGGGUCAGCACUACUUUAACGACACGGGCCCCAAUGCAAAAUCUCACCGCAUUGAGAAGUACAUAUUUCCUGAUCGGUAUUCUGUGUUUAAUCCUACCGUUCAUGACAUAGUGCUCAUUAAAUUGAAGAAGGAGAACGGCAGGUGUGCUAAAAUCACGCCAUUUGUACGACCAAUAUGCCUCCCUGGAGAAGAUAUCACCUUCCCUGACUAUUACUGCUGUGACAUCACAGGCUGGGGGCACAUGUAUGAGAAGGCGAAGACAUAUGCCGCUCAGCUGAUGCAAGGGGUGGUCUACAUUGUCCCAUUUGAGCAGUGCACCAGGCCCGAUGUGUAUGGGGCAGAGGUCACUUCCAGCAUGCUUUGUGCUGGAAGUCAUCGAUGUGUGGAUGCUUGCCAGGGAGAUUCAGGAGGGCCACUGGCUUGCACUAAGAAUGGAGUGUCCUUCUUAUAUGGUAUCAUCAGCUGGGGGGAUGGCUGUGGGCGGAGCCACAAGCCUGGUGUUUACACCAGGGUGUCCAACUAUGUGAAAUGGAUCCAGAGGGUCAUGAAGUCCAAGUCCAAACUCUAAGGUGUGCAGGAUUUCCAGCAGUAUGGCUGGAUUAUUUGGUGGUUGGAUGGUUACUAGAUUGGGUGUUUGGACAAUUACAAGGCCAAAUUGUUGAAUAUUUAGGUUGUUGCAGAACUGAAUGAAUAGAUGGGUGGAUGGUUGGAUUGUUGGUUGACUGGCUAUCUGGUUGAAUAUUCUCAUUGCCCUACCUUUUCACCAGGGUGUGGAAAUAUGGAACGAAGCCCUAGGUGUUGACUGAGGUCUUUCUUGGACUAGCCAUUAUUAUGGCUUUUAAAAGUUAUUCUUGGGAGUGUAUGUAAAGUGUGAAUUUUUAUUGUAAAAGACAUUGUUUUUAAUUAAUGAAUAAAUGCACAAUGUUUAUUUUAUACAACUAUGUCUCAUACAUGAACAUCACAUAAUAAAAAAAAAAUACAACAA